AUGUCGGACGCCUCGUCGGAUCUCGGCGGCGCCCGGGCGGGGCCGCUGCCCGUCGUCGAGCGCGACCUCGAGCAGGCUAUCACUGCUCUCAAGAAAGGAGCCUACUUAUUGAAAUAUGGGCGUAGAGGGAAGCCAAAAUUUUGUCCAUUUCGGCUAUCCAAUGACGAGUCUGUAUUGAUAUGGUUUUCAGGGAAAGAGGAGAAGCAUCUAAGGUUGAGCCAUGUGUCCCGGAUAAUGCCUGGCCAACGGACUGCAAUAUUUCAGAGGUACCCACGACCUGAGAAGGAAUGCCAGUCCUUUUCUCUAAUUUCGCAUGACAGGUCACUGGACAUUAUAUGUAAAGACAAAGAUGAGGCAGAAGUGUGGUUUGCUGGGCUGAAAACGUUGAUUUCACGAAGUCAUCAAAGAAAAUGGAGAACUGGCUCAAGAAGUGAUACCAUUUCGUCUGCUGCAACUAGUCCAAGGACUUUCACGCGACAGAGUUCUCCGUUGAGUUCUCCUUUCAGCAGCAGUGACAUUCUCCACAAGGAUUUCAAUGAAAACUACCGGUUCCGUAGUCCAUAUGGGAGCCCACCAAAGAAUGGCUUGGAGAAGGCCUUUUCUGAUGUUGCGUUAUAUGCAGCUCCCCCCAGGGGCUUCUUCCCAUCAGAUUCUAAUGCAGCAUCAGUCCACUCUAUGUCUUCUGGACAAUCAGAUAACACAAAUGGGAAUUCCGGAGGUAUCCCAAUGGAUGCUUUCCGGAUUAGUUAUUCAAGUGCUGUUAGCUCUUCAAGUCAUGGUUCUGGUUAUGAUGACGGUGACGCUUUAGGUGAUGUUUUAAUAUGGGGAGAAGGAACCGGGGAAGGAAUUCUUGGUGGUGGUAACUCAAGAAUUGGAAGUUCCUCAGGUGCAAAAAUUGAUUGUCUUGUACCUAAACCAUUAGAGUUUGCUGUCCGGCUUGAUGUGCAGAAUAUAUCUUGUGGAGGAAGGCAUGCUGCACUCGUCAGUAAACAAGGCGAGAUCUACUCCUGGGGUGAGGAAUCGGGUGGGCGGCUUGGUCAUGGUGUAGAUUGCGAUGUGGCACAUCCAAAACUCAUUGAUGCUCUUACUCAUAUGAACAUUGAGCUGGUAGCAUGCGGUGAAUACCACACCUGUGCUGUUACACUAUCUGGAGAUCUGUAUACAUGGGGGGACGGCGCCUUCAAAUUUGGGCUUUUGGGCCAUGGUAAUGAUGUCAGUCAAUGGGUACCCAAAAAGCUGCAUGGGCCACUGGAGGGUAUACAUGUUUCAUCAAUUUCAUGUGGCCCUUGGCAUACAGCGAUAGUAACUUCUGCUGGGCAGCUGUUCACAUUUGGAGAUGGCUCUUUUGGGGUUCUAGGCCAUGGAGACCGCGAGAGUCUCUCAGUACCCAAGGAAGUGGAAUCUCUCAAAGGGCUUCGGACAGUGCGGGCUGCUUGUGGUGUUUGGCACACUGCUGCAGUUGUAGAAGUCAUGGUUGGGAAUUCAAGCUCUAGCAAUUGUUCAUCUGGCAAGAUAUUUACAUGGGGUGAUGGCGAUAAAGGCCGUUUAGGACAUGGUGAUAAGGAAUCGAGACUUGUCCCGACAUGUGUGGCUGCUUUGGUGGAGCCCAAUUUUUGUCAGGUUGCUUGCGGUCAUUCAUUGACAAUGGCUCUUACAACAUCAGGAAAUGUGUACACAAUGGGGAGUGCUGUAUAUGGUCAACUUGGAAAUCCACAAGCAGACGGUAUGCUUCCUGUACGUGUUGAAGGAAAGCUACACAAAAACUUUGUCGAGGAGAUCUCCUGUGGUGCUUAUCAUGUAGCUGUUUUGACCUCUAAGACCGAGGUCUACACAUGGGGUAAAGGUGCAAAUGGUCGGUUAGGUCAUGGCAAUACUGAUGAUAAGAAUACUCCUACGUUGGUUGAAGCGCUAAAAGAUAAGCAAGUCAGAAGUGUUGUUUGUGGAACUAAUUUCACUGCAGCAGUAUGCAUUCAUAAAUGGGUAUCUGGAGUUGAUCAAUCAAUGUGCUCAGGAUGCCGUCAGCCUUUUAACUUGAGGAGAAAACGUCAUAACUGCUAUAAUUGUGCUUUGGUAUUUUGUCAUUCCUGUAGCAGUAAAAAAUCUCUGAAGGCUUCAUUGGCACCAAAUCAAAGUAAACCCUAUCGUGUUUGUGAUAGCUGCUACAGCAAGCUGACUAAGGGACCCGGAUCAGACAUGUACUCUUCAGCUAAGCAGGGAGCUGUUGUACAGGGAUUCAGUGACACGGUUGAUGAGGAGCUGGAAACAAGGUCAAAUGCUAAAUUGUCAAGAAUAUCUUCGAUGGAAUCUUUUAAGAAUAUGGACAGUAGAUAUUCAAAGAAAAACAAGAAGUUCGAAUUUAACAGCAAUCGCGUGUCCCCUGUUCCAAAUGGCGGUUCAAGAUCCUUCAAUCCUGUGUUUGGAUCUUCAAAAAAGUUUUUAUCAGCAUCUGUCCCUGGAUCCAGAAUUAUUUCUAGGGCCACAUCACCUGUUUCAAGAAGGUCAAGUCCUCCACGUUCUAUAACACCAACACCUACUUUGAGGAGUCUAACUUCUCCUGGAGGUGUCAUCAAUGGCACCAAGAUGACAAAUGAUAGCCAAACUCAAGAAGUUCUAAGUUUGAAGUCCCAGGUGGACAAUCUUACUAGGAAGUCUCAAAAUCUUGAACUUGAGUUGGAGAGAACUACUAAGCAAUUGAAGGAAGCUAUUGCCAUUGCCGGGGAGGAAACCGCAAAGUGCAAGGCAGCGAAGGAAGUAAUCAAGUCACUGACUGUACAAUUGAAGGGGAUGGCCGAGAGGUUACCUGGAGGAGUAGCCAAGAACGGCAAGCUACCACCCCUUCCUGGAAUUCCUAUACCAAGUGACAUAUCAGCCAUAGUCACCGAAAGUUUGGGCAGCCCAGGAAGUUCCGGAGAACAAGAACAAAUUUCAGAUGAUCCUAAUGGAUUGCUUGUUCCUAAUGGAUCAAGUUCUGUUAGGAACAAGGCAGGCCAUCCAGAAAUGACCAAUAAUGGAAGUGUACCACCCGAUGCAGAAUCCAACCAUGAGGCCGAAUGGGUAGAGCAAGACGAACCAGGUGUCUAUAUCACUCUCACUGCCUUGCCUGGAGGGGCCAGAGAUCUCAAGCGAGUUCGGUUCAGCCGGAAGAGGUUCAGUGAGAAACAGGCAGAACAAUGGUGGCAGGGGAACAGGGCAAGGGUGUACCAGCAGUACAAUGUUCACAUGGUUGACAAAUCGAUUGCCGCCAUGGAUCGCGAGAUUGCGACACAUUGA